AAAUAAUAUUGGUCCAAUAUGUGCUCGAAGAGUGUAGAAGAUAGAAGAAGGACCUGGAUGCAUGAACACGCUACCGCCCUCCUCCUUCCACGUCCGACUAUAAAUUCUAACCUCCUCCAUCUCUCCAUUUUCAUCAUCUACACAACAAUUCUAAUCAAUCGCUUGAUUUCAAUUCUCCGCCGUGCCGAAUCACCGUGAAAACAUGUCUCUGAUUCCGAGUUUCUUCGAGGGUCGCCGGAGCAACGUCUUCGAUCCCUUCUCCAUGGACCUCUGGGAUCCGCUCUUCUCCAACACGCUGGCCAAUUUCGCCGGCGAAUCUGCUCGGGAGACGUCCGCAUUCGCCAACGCCCGCAUAGACUGGAAGGAGACGCCGGAGGCGCACGUGUUCAAGGCGGACGUGCCGGGGCUGAAGAAGGAGGAGGGUCGCCGGAGCAACGUCUUCGAUCCCUUCUCCAUGGACCUCUGGGAUCCGCUCUUCUCCAACACGCUGGCCAAUUUCGCCGGCGAAUCUGCUCGGGAGACGUCCGCAUUCGCCAACGCCCGCAUAGACUGGAAGGAGACGCCGGAGGCGCACGUGUUCAAGGCGGACGUGCCGGGGCUGAAGAAGGAGGAGGUGAAGGUGGAGGUGGAGGAAGGCAGGGUGCUGCAGAUCAGCGGGGAGAGGAGCAAGGAGAAGGAGGAGAAGAGCGACACCUGGCACCGCGUCGAGAGGAGCAGCGGCAGGUUCCUGAGGCGGUUCAGGCUGCCGGAGAAUGCCAGGGUUGAUCAGGUCAAGGCCGCCAUGGAGAACGGCGUCCUCACCGUCACCGUCCCCAAGGUCGAGCAGAAGAAGCCCGAUGUGAAGAACAUUCAGAUCUCCGGCUAGAUUUCCGGCCAGAUUCCAAAAAUCGCCGUUUGUUUUGUUCUUUUUUUGUCUUUUGAAUAAAAAUGUGUGAAGUGUGUCGUCGUCCUCGUCCUUGUCCAUUCUCGUGCUGCAAGCGCCAAGCGUUAUGAGCUAUGGCGGUUUCUCUGUAAUUUUCUGCCAUGAUAAUGCAUAAAAUCGUUUGAGCUCUUUUGAAAUUCCCCUGUUUUCUGAAAAUGAAUCAAUGGAAUGCUCAUUU